GCUGGGAGCGAGGGUGCGGCCGGCAGGGCCCCGCGCGAGGCGCCCCCUGCGGGCGCAGGCUGCACCCCGUGCGCCCGCGGCUGCGCUGCCCGGCUGGCCGCGUCGGCGGCCGGGACUCCGGCGCGGGACCGCGGCGGGCGGGGCGCGGCGGCCGGUCUGACGUGUCUCGGCGGGAUUGGAGCCGCCGCCCUAUAUAGCAGCGGCGGCCCGGGCGCCGCGCCUCGAGCGUCCCGGCUUCUCGGCGGCGGGCGCGGACGGACCUCGGCGGCGGGAGCCGGUAAAGCUGGCAGGCUGACAGAGGCGGCCUCGGGACGGACUUUCUGGCUACCGACCGUUUUGCUGAUGACUGAGAGUCGACUUUGACGUUCCCUGUGCUGACUCCGCCUCUCCUACUGUAGUGGUUUACCCGGAUCACGUGUGGCUGUGAGAUCAACCAUGAGCUCCGUUGCAGUUUUGACCCAAGAGAGUUUUGCUGAACACCGAAGUGGACUGGUUCCGCAACAAAUCAAAGUAGCCACUUUGAAUUCGGAAGAGGAGAGCGACCCGCCCACCUAUAAGGAUGCCUUCCCUCCACUUCCUGAGAAAGCGGCCUGCCUGGAAAGUGCCCAGGAACCUGCUGGAGCCUGGAGCAACAAGAUCCGGCCCAUCAAGGCCUCCGUCAUCACUCAGGUGUUCCACGUGCCUCUGGAGGAGAGGAAGUACAAGGACAUGAACCAGUUUGGGGAAGGCGAGCAAGCCAAGAUCUGCCUUGAGAUUAUGCAAAGGACGGGCGCCCACCUGGAGCUGUCCCUGGCCAAGGACCAAGGCCUCUCCAUCAUGGUCUCAGGGAAGCUGGACGCUGUCAUGAAAGCCCGGAAGGACAUUGUGGCGAGAUUGCAGACUCAGGCCUCAGCAACUGUUGCCAUUCCUAAAGAGCACCAUCGCUUUGUGAUCGGCAAAAAUGGAGAGAAAUUGCAAGACUUGGAGCUAAAAACCGCAACCAAAAUCCAGAUCCCACGCCCAGAUGACCCCAGCAAUCAGAUCAAGAUCACUGGCACCAAAGAGGGCAUUGAGAAAGCUCGCCAUGAGGUCCUGCUCAUCUCUGCUGAGCAGGACAAGCGUGCUGUGGAGAGGCUGGAGGUGGAGAAGGCCUUCCACCCCUUCAUUGCUGGGCCAUACAACAGACUGGUGGGCGAGAUCAUGCAGGAGACAGGGACGCGCAUCAACAUCCCCCCACCCAGUGUCAACCGGACAGAGAUUGUCUUCACAGGAGAGAAGGAGCAGCUGGCUCAGGCCGUGGCCCGCAUCAAGAAGAUUUACGAGGAGAAGAAAAAGAAGACCACGACCAUUGCAGUGGAGGUGAAGAAGUCUCAGCACAAGUAUGUCAUCGGGCCAAAAGGCAACUCGCUGCAGGAGAUCCUGGAGAGAACUGGGGUUUCUGUUGAGAUCCCACCCUCGGACAGCGCCUCUGAGACCGUGAUCCUGCGCGGGGAGCCUGAGAAGCUGGGGCAGGCGCUGACGGAAGUCUACGCCAAGGCCAACAGCUUCACAGUCUCCUCGGUGUCUGCCCCUUCCUGGCUUCACCGCUUCAUCAUUGGCAAGAAAGGGCAGAACCUGGCCAAGAUAACACAGCAGAUGCCAAAGGUCCACAUUGAGUUCACUGAAGGUGAGGACAAGAUCACCUUGGAAGGCCCUACGGAGGACGUGGGUGUGGCCCAGGAGCAGAUCGAAAGCAUGGUCAAGGACCUGGUCCACCGGAUGGACUACGUGGAGAUCAGCAUUGACCACAGGUUCCACAGGCACCUCAUCGGGAAGAGCGGGGCCAACAUCAACAGAAUCAAAGACCAGUACAAGGUGUCCGUGCGCAUCCCUCCUGACAGCGAGAAGAGCAGCCUGAUCCGCAUCGAGGGGGACCCUCAGGGUGUGCAGCAGGCCAAGCGGGAGCUGCUGGAGCUAGCCUCUCGCAUGGAAAACGAGCGUACCAAGGAUCUAAUCAUCGAGCAGAGAUUUCAUCGCACGAUCAUUGGGCAGAAAGGUGAACGGAUCCGUGAAAUUCGCGACAAAUUCCCAGAGGUUAUCAUCAACUUUCCAGACCCAGCACAGAAAAGCGACAUUGUCCAGCUCAGAGGGCCCAAGAAUGAGGUGGAAAAAUGCACCAAGUACAUGCAGAAGAUGGUGGCAGACCUGGUGGAGAACAGCUACUCGAUCUCUGUUCCGAUCUUCAAGCAGUUUCAUAAGAACAUCAUUGGGAAAGGCGGCGCAAACAUCAAGAAGAUCCGGGAAGAAAGCAACACCAAGAUCGACCUUCCCGCGGAGAACAGCGAUUCUGAGACCAUCGUCAUCACAGGCAAGCGAGCCAACUGCGAGGCUGCCCGGAGCCGGAUCCUGUCCAUCCAGAAAGACCUGGCCAACCUCGCUGAGGUGGAGGUCUGCAUCCCGGCCAGGCUGCACACCUCGCUCAUCGGCACCAAGGGCCGGCUGAUCCGCGCCAUCAUGGAGGAGUGUGGGGGCGUGCACAUCCACUUCCCUGUGGAGGGCUCCGGGAGCGACACCGUGGUCAUCAGGGGCCCGUCCUCGGACGUGGAGAAGGCCAGGAAGCAGCUCCUGCACCUGGCAGAGGAGAAGCAAACCAAGAGCUUCACCGUGGACAUCCGGGCCAAGCCCGAGUACCACAAGUUCCUCAUCGGCAAGGGCGGCGGCAAGAUCCGCAAGGUGCGCGACAGCACGGGCGCCCGCAUCAUCUUCCCCGCCGCCGAGGACAAGGACCAGGACCUGAUCACCAUCAUCGGCAAGGAGGACGCUGUCCGGGAGGCGCAGCGGGAGCUGGAGGCGCUGAUCCAGAACCUGGACAACGUGGUCGAGGACUCGAUGCUGGUGGACCCCAAGCAUCACCGCCAUUUUGUCAUCCGAAGAGGCCAGGUCCUGCGGGAGAUCGCGGAGGAGUACGGGGGGGUGAUGGUCAGCUUCCCGCGCUCCGGCACACAGAGCGACAAGGUCACCCUGAAGGGUGCCAAGGACUGUGUGGAGGCGGCCAAGAAGCGCAUUCAGGAGAUCAUCGAGGACCUGGAAGCGCAGGUGACCGUGGAGUGCGCCAUUCCCCAGAAGUUCCACCGCUCCGUCAUGGGCCCCAAGGGCUCCAGGAUCCAGCAGAUCACUCGGGAUCACAACGUUCAGAUUAAGUUCCCAGACAGAGAGGAGAACCCAGUCCACAGCGCAGAGCCAGCCAUCCAGGAGAACGGCGAUGAGGCUGGGGAGGGCAGAGAGGCCGAGCCCGGCUCUCCACGGAGGUGUGACAUCAUCACCAUCUCUGGACGGAAGGAGAAGUGCGAGGCUGCCAGGGAAGCCCUGGAGGCACUGGUUCCAGUCACCAUUGAAGUGGAGGUGCCCUUUGACCUUCACCGUUACAUCAUCGGUCAGAAAGGGAGCGGGAUCCGCAAGAUGAUGGACGAGUUUGAGGUGAACAUUCACGUCCCAGCUCCUGAGCUGCAGUCCGACGUCAUCGCCAUCACUGGUCUCACUGCGAACCUGGACCGAGCCAAGGCGGGGCUGCUGGAGCGCGUGAGGGAGCUGCAGGCCGAGCAGGAGGACCGGGCUCUGAGGAGCUUCAGGCUGAGCGUCACUGUAGACCCCAAAUACCAUCCCAAAAUCAUCGGAAGAAAGGGCGCAGUGAUCACCCAGAUCCGGCUGGAGCAUGACGUGAACAUCCAGUUUCCAGACAAGGACGAGGGGAGCCAGCCCCAGGACCAAAUCACCAUCACAGGGUACGAGAAGAACACAGAGGCCGCCCGGGACGCCAUCCUGAAGAUUGUGGGCGAGCUGGAGCAGAUGGUCUCGGAAGAUGUGCCGCUCGACCACCGCGUUCACGCACGCAUCAUCGGCGCCCGCGGCAAAGCCAUCCGAAAAGUCAUGGACGAAUUCAAGGUGGACAUCCGCUUCCCACAGACGGGAGCCCCAGACCCCAACUGUGUGACUGUGACAGGACUCCCGGAGAACGUGGAGGAGGCCAUCGACCACAUCCUCAACCUGGAGGAGGAAUACCUGGCCGACGUGGUGGACAGUGAGGCUCUGCAGGGCUACCUGAGGCCCCCCGUGCACGAGGAGGCCAAGGGCCCCUCCAAAGGCUUCGUGGUGCGGGAUGCUCCCUGGACCGCCAGCAGCAGCAGCGAGAAGGCUCCUGAUAUGAGCAGCUCUGAGGAGUUUCCCAGCUUUGGGGCUCAGGUGGCCCCCAAGACCCUCCCUUGGGGCCCUAAACGAUAAUGACCCCAAAGCAAAAAGCUUUCCAGCCUGCUGACCAGCCACCACAGGUGUGUCCGGGUCUGACCCAGCGCUGGGCCCUCUUACUCGCUGACGCCCUCCCCUCCCGAGGUCUCGCAGUGAAGCCUGGCAGCGGUCCUGCCGCUCUUCCCCAGGCCUGGCCGUCACCCGCGGGCCAGGGGCUGCCCCUGGAGUGGUGCCGGGACGGGCACCACUGUGCUGAACACUAAGCAAGGUCGCUGAGCGCUUCGUGGUAAGACUCCAGCUUCCUGGUCCACCCAGCAUGUAGCCAGCACUCUGACCCUCACGGAGCUCACAGCAGCGGCCCGGAGUCGGCUUCCUGUGUCAUGACCUCAGGAAAUAAAUUUCCUUGACUUUAUAAAAGCCAAACGUUUGCCCUCUUCCUUUCCCAACUCCCGGACCCCCCUCCUGGUGGACUGCAGCUGGCCUCCGGCUGCAUGGCCUGCCCAGCCCAGGGAACAGGUGGGAGGAGCAGAGGCUGAGGGCUGCCUGCUUCAGGGGUGGGAGCACCGGGGGUCCUGGCAGCCUCGGCCCCAGGUGUGUGUGUGAAGCCCAGAGGUGAGGCCGUGGGAGUGUGGUCGCCCAGUCCCCUCUGGCCGUCACGGUGGCCUCGUGUGCCGCAGCUCACCAGUGGGGAUGGGAGCGGGAGACUCCCCACGCGGGGCCGGCCGGCCUUCAGGGAGCGCUGGACUUGGCUCCCAUGCCCGCCAAGCCACCCUCCCGGGGCCGGCCUCCUGCCUUCUUUCUACCUCAGCUGGUGUGUGGUGGUCCUGUGCAGGUCGGAGCCUGGCUGCAGAGCUGGGGUGCCCAGGUGGCCAACCCUCUGGGGACACUGCUCCUGCUAAGUGGAAGUCACCCAGGGCCCAGGCCUGUAGUCCUGUGGCAGCUGAGCUGCCACUGGGCCCGGGAGUAAAGCAGAGCCAGGACAGAGGACAGGGCGCCGAGAGCCCGCGGGCUGAGGGCCUGGGCGCCAGAAGUGCCCCAGCUGGCAGGCUGGAGGCCCUCGGGGGGAAGCUGGCCCCCAGCAGAAGGGUCUAGCCUGGCCACCCCGCCCCCUCCAGGCCCUCACUGGAUCCCCCUGUGCCCACGUAGAGGAGGGAUAAGCAGAGACAGGAGAACAGCUCUGCUUCCCCCUCAGGCCAGUGGCCCUGGGGACGGUGAGGUCAGGGAAGAGGCUGACUGGUCCCCAGGCCCCGCCCUCUAAGUGACAGCCCACGCCGGGAGCACCGUCCUCCUGCUGGAUGUCCUCCCAUCCUGUGGCCACCGCUGCCUCUCACCCACCCCGACUUGUGCCAUGUGGAAAUCAUAUGCAAAUGCGUGUAAAGACUCAGGAAUGUGGAUGACGCUGGAAUU